AUGAUCCACAGCCUGUUUCUUAUAAACUGCUCUGGUGAUAUAUUCUUGGAGAAGCACUGGAAGAGCGUUGUGAGCAAAUCUGUGUGUGAUUAUUUCUUUGAAGCUCAGGAGAAAGCAAUCGAUGUUGAGAAUGUGCCUCCUGUCAUCUCAACGCCACAUCACUACCUCAUCAGCAUCUAUCGGGAUAAAAUCUUCUUUGUGUCUGUCAUACAGACAGAAGUGCCACCACUCUUUGUAAUUGAAUUUCUACACCGAGUAGCAGAUACUUUCCAGGAUUACUUUGGCGAAUGUUCUGAGACUGCAAUUAAGGACAAUGUAGUUAUUGUGUAUGAACUUCUAGAAGAAAUGUUAGACAACGGCUUUCCACUGGCAACAGAAUCUAACAUAUUGAAGGAGCUGAUUAAGCCUCCCACAAUUUUGCGCUCCGUUGUCAACUCCAUCACAGGCAGUACUAAUGUGGGUGACACACUUCCCACUGGACAGUUGUCGAAUAUUCCUUGGCGCAGAGCAGGGGUGAAAUACACAAACAACGAAGCUUAUUUUGAUGUCAUCGAAGAAAUUGAUGCAAUUAUAGACAAAUCAGGUAAGAUGCCUUGCAAACUCAUUUUUCUUUCUCUUUCUUUCAUGAACCCACGGCUGCUGGAUGAUGUGAGCUUCCAUCCAUGUAUUCGGUUCAAACGCUGGGAGUCUGAGAGAGUCCUUUCGUUUAUUCCUCCCGAUGGGAAUUUCAGAUUGAUCUCCUACCGUGUCAGUUCACAGAACUUGGUGGCAAUUCCUGUAUAUGUGAAACACAUGAUCAGUUUUAAGGAAAAUAGUUCUUCCGGAAGAUUUGAUGUUACAAUUGGACCAAAACAGAAUAUGGGGAAAACAGUAGAAGGAGUUGUCAUGACAGUUCACAUGCCAAAGGCUGUACUUAACAUGAACCUCACUGCUACACAAGGCAGCUAUACAUUUGACCCAGUUACCAAAGUGUUAACGUGGGACGUUGGCAAAAUUACUCCUCAAAAGCUCCCAAACCUGAAGGGCAUAGUGAACCUGCAGUCUGGAGCCCCCAAGCCAGAGGAGAAUCCAAGUUUAAACAUCCAGUUUAAGAUACAACAGCUUGCAAUUUCAGGACUGAAAGUGAAUCGCCUAGACAUGUAUGGGGAAAAAUACAAGCCUUUUAAAGGCGUCAAAUACAUUACAAAAGCAGGAAAAUUCCAAGUCAGGACAUGAGAAGAUGCUCUACUUCCAAGAGGAAAUUCCCCUUAAAAAAACCCACAACAAACUUGACUGCUUAGUGACUUACGUUGCUAUUAAUUAGGUGCCAAUUAAUUAAUUAAUAGACACUGAUUAGUUUGGGAUCAAAGCAUUUGUGCACAGCAGCUCUUAAAAUGAAAGCAUAGCUUAGUUUUUCUUAAUAAGGUACUUUUUUUCCUAAUACACCUUCACUCUUUUUUUACUGAAUUGUUGUGCCGGUGAAUAGUUUGAUAUAGGCGAUCCAGAAAAUGUCGCAAAC